CCGAAAUUAUGAAACGUACAAUCCGUCAACCACGUCCUACCAAUUCCAAGCAACAAAAAAAAUCUUUUGGAAUGCCAUCAUCUCAUUCGACAGUUAUAAUUUAUUUUGCAACGUUUAUAUCAUUACAAUUACAUACGAUAUCUUUGCAUGAAUUUUUUUCAUUUAUAUCCAUAUAUACUACUCAAACAUCCAUAAAUACUUUGAUAAAACUAACAUUAAGUUCUAUUGUUUCAUUAACCGCUCUAUCAGUCGUUUGGUCGAGAGUUGCGUUAGGCUAUCACACAAGAAACCAAGUGAUCGUUGGAAUGGUAUUAGGAUUUUGCCUUGGGAUUAUUUGGGAUAGGUGGUGGUGGAGUUAUUGGAAUGUAAUUUGA